AUGGAUAUCAAAACCUUGUUAGAUAAUCUUCAUGACGAAGUUUCUUGUUCUGUGUGUAUGUGCAAGUUCACAGAUCCAAAACAAUUGCCUUGCUUGCACAGCUUUUGCCUACACUGCCUGAACGGGAUUCAACGAACGACGAACCCAAAUGUGAUUGCGUGCCCUGAAUGCCGACAGGAAUUCAGAGUCCCUGAGAAUGGAAACCUACAAGCUUUGCCUACAAACUUUCGUAUCAACAGUCUGCUCAAUGUGUUAACUAUAAAGGAGCGCAAUACAACCGCUAUUAAGUGUGGAAAUUGCGACAAAAAGAGCCAACACAGUUUUUAUUGUUUUCAGUGUUGUGGAUUUUGGUGUGAUGAUUGCAUCAGUUUGCAUGAUGGCAUCAAAGUUUAUAAAGAACACCAUGCGCUGUCACUAAAAAACUUUCAAGAUCAGGACUUUGAGAACAUUUUAAGGCGACCAGCAUUUUGUGGAAAGCCAGGCCAUGAAAAUAAGGAAUUGGAGUUCUUUUGCAAGAGCUGUGAAGCUGCCAUUUGUUAUUCAUGUAUCGCAACACUUCAUGAAGGUCACCCCAAGAUACUUCUAGAUGAAGCUGCAAAUGAACGCAAGUUACAUGUUAAGGCUGCCAUUGAAUCUAAGAGACAA